AUGCACGUGAAAAUCGAAAAAACAACUGGUGUUUACAAAGAUAAUCUGAGAAGUUUCGACGAGACAACUGAAGAAUUCUCAGAUGUUGUACUAGUUGUCAACGACGAAAAAUUCUACGUUUUGAAAAAAUUCCUCGCCGCGCAUUCUUCAUACUUUAAAGCCUUGUUUUUGGGACACUUUCAAGAAUCAAAGGAAUCUGAAAUCAAAUUAACUGGAAUCGAUGCGGAUGACUUUCAGAAUUAUCUUGAAGGUCUAUAUGGAGAAUAUUCAAUUGACGAAUUCACAGUAGAAGGUAUUCUUAUGGUGGCUGACAUGUACGAUACUCCAUCAGUCAUUCGAAAAUGCGAGCAGUUUUUACUCAAGGAAUCAAAGAAAUCAUUGAAGAAAAAGCUGCAAAUGGCCAUGAAAUACCAUCUGGACGCAUUGAAUAAACAAUGCCGCAAGGAGAUCAAAUCGAUCGAUGACAUCAAAUCAGUUCUCCCAGGAGAUAUUCGUGAUUUGGAUCCAUCAAUUAUGGCGGAGUUUUUGGAAAUUGCGCUCUCUAUUCAAUAA